UUCCAUGGACACUGUGACAGUGAGACUGGGGAGCAUCCUCUGUGCUAACUGCCCGCGCUGCUGCUGCUGCUGCUGUUACUACCACUACCACGUCUUGCUUUUGCGCUGUCUCUGCCUUGAACAUCUUUCUUCGGGGACUUUCAAAUUUACUCAGUAGUUUGUUUAAAGAAUCUUCUUGCACGCCAUGGCUUAGGUGGAAGCCAUGGGUACCAGAUCAGAGAAAAGCAUCAGCCUGUGUCAGAAGGCUCUGCAGAUCGUGUCGGACCUUUGCCUAGGAGGGCAAGUGGAGUGGGAAAAAUGUUCAAGUAUCCUCCUAGAAAGAACCAGUCCAGGUAAAGACAGCACAGACAUCUCAGUCAGUCUUCUUGCUGUAGUUGUCAGUUUCUGUGGCCUUGCUCUGUUGGUAGUCUCUCUCUUUGUCUUUUGGAAGCUGUGUUGGCCAUGCUGGAGGAGCAAGGCUCUUACAUCUCAUGCCAAUAACAUCCCUCAGAAUACUCCUACUGCCCCUCCAGAGGUGGUGGAAAAAGAUGAAAAAAAGGAAAUACUUGAAAAUGGUAAAAGCUCAGUGAAGCUUCGGGAGGCUGCCAUGAAGAUUAGUCAGACAUCCCCAGACAUCCCUGCAGAGGUUCAGACUGCUCUCAAGGAACACCUUCUGAAACAUUCCAAAAUACAGAGGCAGAUUACAGAACCUACUUCAUCAUCCAGACACAAUUCAUUCAGAAGACAUUUGCCACGGCAGAUGCACGUGUCUAGUGUAGAUUUAAACAUUGAGGGCUUACAGAGGAGAGAGACAACUACCAGUAUUGGACGCAUUAAGCCAGAACUUUACAAACAAAAGUCCAUUGAUUCUGAUGACAGCAAGAAAGAAGACAUCCAGACCUGUGGGAAACUAAAUUUUACCCUGCAAUAUGACUAUGAAAAUGAAAUGCUGGUUGUAAGAAUUGUCAAAGCAUUGGAGUUACCUGCUAAGGACAUUACAGGCACAUCUGAUCCUUAUGUUAAAAUUUAUCUGCUUCCUGAUAGGAAAAAGAAAUUUCAAACUCGAGUGCACCGGAAGACUCUUGAUCCUAUUUUCGAUGAAACUUUUCAGUUUCCUGUAGCAUAUGAUCAGCUGACAAGCAGAAAACUGCACUUCAGUGUCUAUGACUUUGACAGGUUCACCAGUCAUGAUAUGAUUGGAGAAGUUAUUGUGGACAAUUUAUUUGAAAUUUCUGAUCUUUCCAGGGAGACAACAGUUUGGAAGGACAUUCAUUGUGCCACUACAGAAAGUGUUGAUUUGGGAGAAAUCAUGUAUUCUUUGUGCUACCUACCAACUGCUGGUAGAAUGACAUUGACUGUGAUUAAAUGCAGAAAUCUUAAGGCAAUGGAUAUCACUGGCUCUUCAGAUCCUUAUGUUAAAGUGUCCCUUAUGUGUGAUGGCAGAAGAUUAAAAAAGCGUAAAACAACAACCAAGAAAAAUACAUUAAAUCCAGUUUACAAUGAGGCAAUCAUCUUUGAUAUUCCUCCAGAAAAUGUGGAACAAGUUAGCUUAUCCAUCAUGGUAAUGGACUAUGACCGUGUUGGUCAUAAUGAAGUAAUUGGAGUCUGCAGGACAGGGCCAGAAGCAGAAGGCCUUGGUAGAGAUCACUGGAAUGAAAUGCUUGCAUAUCCACGCAAACCAAUUACUCACUGGCAUCCACUGGUAGAGUGGCCAGGCCGAGCGACAAGUUUUGAUAGUCAAGGAUCCUGUCCAUCACCAAAACCACCAAUGACACCAUAGCAAGAAAUUGUAUAUGUUAAGUAAUUAUUUAUUAUUCCUAAGUAAUAUGAAAGUCAAAGUAUAGUAGUUAUCUGGUUUUAAAUCCUUUACACAGAAAUUCACGAAAAUGGUAGCAUUCAGUUAUUACAUUUUCUGUUUUGAGGAUCAGAAAAAAAAUCGUCUUACAUAUCUGGCGUAAUAUAGUAAUAUUUUUUCUGUUUAAUUUUUUUUUUUAUUUUGUUUCAAAAAUGUUAUGUUAAUUUUAUUUAAAAGGCUGUAUACCCUUUUUCAUUAUCUGUGCCCUGAUUUAGUGAUUUAGUGAAACAUUUGAAAGCUUAAAAUCACUUUACUGUGGUUUAGUAUUGCAAUUUUAACUGUGAAUGAAGUUAAUUUUAUUGCUAUAAUAAAGAAAUAACCUUUUAUGAUUUCCUAAACUAAUUAUUUACAGAAUACCUCUUUCUGCAGAAAAAGUGCAUUUACUGACAUUUUAUGGUUAUGAAUAUUUAUUAUAGUGGUGGAGCAUUACAGUGUACUAACAGUCUUGCGUGUUAAAAUUGAAACUUUUUCAAAAUAUUCAUUAAUACUGUCUAGAAUUUGAAAUGAUAGGGUUACUAUUUUUCUGGCAUAUGUAAGUGUUUUAUCUGGCAAACUUGUAAGAAAGAUUCACAAUUUGUAAUUAAGUAAAUCAAAUGCUGCCAUUCCAGAGCCUACAAAAUUUGAUUAUCUAUGGGAACAGCUGCAAAAUUAACAUUAUUACGUGUUUUGAGACGCCAAUGUGGAGCAAAAGUAUGUGUGCAAUAAAAUGCAAGUACACAAAAUACUAAAUGUUUUUAUUUUUUGUAUAACUGUAGAAAAACAUGUUUUGUCUUUUGUUUACUUUUCAUUAAGUUCUCUCC